AUGGACCGGCUUCUCUGGCUUGAAAUUUGUGACCAGCCCAUAUUAAGGAAAAGUGCCUCAGUAUUGCUUGGCAAGCUAGAUUUGGAUGACGUGGCUCAUACUGACAAAUUAAAAGUUUAUGCCCAAAAUUCUUUACCUGUAGAACUCAAAAAGGCUUCAGAGAAUAAUCAAGUGUAUCUUAAAGUUCCUAGAUUAAUUGCUACGCCAAAUACAAGAAGCCCAGCGCCAAGUAAAAAUUAUCCGCCGACACGGUGUUAUGCCCCAAGCGCUAUGCUGAAAAAAGAUCAGUGCAAGAUUGAAAUUUAG